UUUGUCGUAUGGAGGCAGUCCAGUUGGAAAAUCCCUCGCCUCUGCAGGAUAUAAAAUGAGGGCCCGUCUCCAGGACGGGGCAUCUCAUUCAGGGUCCGACAGCAACGAGGAAACCCACUCAGAGCUUCCCAGCAGCGCGUCAUGUACUCCAAAUUCAAUCUACAACUGCUCGCCGCCCUGAUGCUGGCAGCAGCCCUGCCUCUCUGCGUCCCUGGAGCUCCUCUGGAAGGAGCCGUCACCGACCUCCCUCCAGAAGAGAGCUCAGGCGAGGGAGAGAAGGAGCUCCAGACGAAGCCGUGCCCGAUUGAUCCUUUUAAUAUCACGGAGACUUUGGCGCAGAUCCUUAAAGUCACCAAAGGCCAUAGAGAAGAGUUUAAGAAUGAAUUCCGUGGAAAUGUUGAUUACAACUCACUGAACAGGACCUUAAUCCCAGUUAAAUUCCCAAAGUCCAAGGAGGCUCGCCUCCAGCAGCUGGCUCAGGAUCUGACGACGUACUCGGUUCUCCUGAAACACGUCGACAAGGAGUACCCCGGCAAGUUCAUCGUGACUGAACUGAAAGCGACCCUCCCUCGGCUGAUCACAAAGGUCAAGCGAACGAUGAGAAAUGCUGACCGUGUUGUGGCUCUGACCGGCAGCCAGGAGCUGCAGCUGCUUAAGGAGCUCGAAAGCCUCGAUUCGUACCACAGGAAGAUGAUGGCGCACAGCAUCCUUAGCUCAAUCCAUGAUUUCCUAGUUGAGUGGAAAAGGGAGCUGACUAAAAGGCAGAUGCGAAAAACACAGAUUAGUAAUCUCAACGAGACGGAGGCAGACUAGCGUCUUUUAGGAAGGAACAGCUCAGGUACACUCCUGUUUUUCUCAGGAGUGUGAGUAAUCUACUGGAUCAAAUAAUGCAGCCCUCAGGGGCUAUAUAGUCAAACAUUUAUUCAGAGAAUAUUUAACAUAUUUAUAUUAAAUUAAACACUGUAUUUAUUGGAGAAGCCAUAAUUAUUGAAUACAUUUUGUAUUUUAUUGUGAGUUCUUGUUAAAUUCCUUUAUUGUUAGUUGACAGCAAUUUAUUUUGUUUUACAUUUAUGUAUUUAUGCGAACAGAAUUUCUGUGCAAGAAUUACUAUUUGAAUUCAUGUUGGAAUUUUUUUUUUUUACAUGCAGAAAUAAAGAAUGUUAUUAUUAAUACAUAAGAAUCAUGUUUCUUCAUAUUAACCUCCCCCCCAGAAUAUUUUGUUUAUUUCACACAUUAUAUGAAACUGUCCAAAAUUUGCCAAUCAUGCUUGCUCAGCAGAAGCAGAGCAAUAUGAAAAAGGAGAAAAUUAUACAUAUGGACACAAAUAUAUACAUACACCCACACUCACAUUUGGAUGAGGUUGCAGAUAGAUCACAAACUUUUUGCAGCCAUUAGCAAGCUUUCUGGAUAAUUCUGGGUUGAUAUUUUAUCAAGACUUCUAGUCUGUUAAUUUCAGCCAAAAAAUGUGGAUGUAGUUCAAGAUAGGCCCUACAUCGGUGAUACUGGCCUCAGCAUAACGCUGCCACCACCAUGUUGAGCUAUAAAACUUCGAGUUUAAUGUCCUGGGGUGUAACAAUCUUAUUUUAACUACUUCAAACAUGUACAUCACAACAGCUAAUCUUUACCUCGUCUAAUUAUUAAACUUCUUUCUGAAAGGUAUUCUGCUUCCUCGUGCCACUUUCAGUCGAGCAUCAAAAGUGCUGGUUUUGGGACAGAGGCUCGUCUUUUGGUCAGCAGCCUCUCCGUUUAAGCUGAUGUUACUUUGGAUGGUGACUCUGGAGUUCGUGCAGCUUUUUAAAUUGGAGACAUUUAGCCAAAAUAUUAGGGCAUAUUUUGAGAUUGUGUGCAACAUGUUGGUCUUGUGUGAGUCGGAGAAACUAAUUGUUGAUUUUAAAACUUGAGUCGCAUUCAGACCGAAGAAAUUAAAAUUAUACUUGUCUUGUUGUCUUACAUGUGACAACUAGAUAGUUGAUUUCUUGAUUUAAACACCACAUGAAUCACAUUCCUUUGACAUUUUAUUGUCUUUUAAAUUAUUAACAAAAAAAAAGUAAACCGGGGUACUUCUGUACACCCAAAUCAAAACAUAAAACAUUGGGAAUACGCUAGGCAAUCUAAUUUAGAGAUAUGGGAGUCCAGAGAGUCAG